CCUACCCGUACGGUUUGUUCUACGGCGGCGGCGGGAAGCUGAUUGCCUGCCAGGUGAUUGGCGUACUGGCUAUUGGCGCAUGGACGCUGGGCCUUAUGUUUCCAUUCUUUUGGAUCUUCAAGCGGUUCAACCUUCUGCGAGUUCCCGCAGAUGAGGAGCUUAGCGGCUUGGACAUAAGCAGGCACUGCAGUCGGGCGUACUACAUUGACCAGUACAACACGGGUGCACCCGCUACGGGAGAAGCCACGUACCCCAUAUCGUACGACAAUACGUACAGCAAUCCCGCGUACAGCAUAUCCGUCAAACCAGCGAACAAGAACAACGGCGACAGAGGCGCCGUGGGAGAUGCUAUCAUGCGGGC